AUGUGCACUGCCCAGCUACUCACGGGGCCCGGUGGCCAAACGUCCCUCCUGGGCACGGGAGAAAUCUCUGGAUUCCUUUGUGUAACGUUGCUUUCCAACCUCGCAGGGGAGGACGCUGACUUCCGGCUGAUCCUGGUCGGAAAGUCUAAAGGCGGGAAAAGCGCCACGGGCAACACCAUCCUCGGCCGGAGGGUGUUCGAGUCCACCUUGGGGCCAAACGCCACCACCCUGAGGUGCCAAAGGGGUCAGGGAACCUGGCAGGGCAGGAAGGUCUCCGUGGUCGACACGCCCGGCAUUUUCGAUUCUGAAAACUACACGGAGAUUGUGCGACGCGAGAUCAUGGCUUGCCUUCAGCUGUCCUGGCCCGGCCCCCACGCCCUGAUCUUGGUGACCCAGUUGGGGUGCUUCACUGCGGAAGAUGCGGCUGCCGCAAACUGUGCCUGGGAUAUCUUCGGGGCCGAGUCCGCCAGGCGCACCAUCGUCCUCUUCACCCGCCUGGAGGAUCUGGGAGGGGCCUCCCUGCAGGAGUACGUCCGAAAGUCCAACAACUGGGAUCUGCGGAAGCUGAUCCUGCAGUGCGGGAACCGCUUCUGCGGGUUCGACAACAAGGCUGCGGGAGCCGAGCGGGAGAGGCAGGUCUCGGAGCUGAUGGCGACGGUGCAAAGCGUCAUUUUUGAGAACAAGGGGACACCCUACGUCAACCAGCUGUACUUGGAGCCCAACGUGUGUGAUGAACAUGUCAAGAGGUUCCUUCAGCGAAACCAAGAGCCGUGGAGCUCGCGGCGAUACGACUACCGGCGCGAGGAUCGUACUGGCGCCAACUCCAUGUGA